AUGUCCAAUGACUUCUACCUCUUCGCAAAUUGCAACUUUGUACCAGAUAGAUAUGGAGAUUGGCAAGUAGCAUACGAUGAAUUGGCCCAGUAUGUAGAAAGCUCAGAGCUCACAACUAAAUCAUACUACUUUGGGAUCCCGAUGGACUACGCCCACGACUUCUCCAAAACAACAAGUAUGUUUGCUUUCGAGGUAUACGGAUCGAGAGAUGACCUCUACAAGACCCACCUCUCCUCCCCAGCCAUGUCCAAAUUCCUCUCCCAAAUUCCCGCCGCUUCAACUACUGGUCUCGAUCUCAACCACUACCGCCUAAUCGCCGGCUUCCUCGACUCCUCGCACUCCCGCGCCGAAUGCGAAAUCAUGCAAGACGUGCGCAUCGUCUGCAUUGAGAAUUCCGCUCGCACAGCCGUGCUGUCAUCACUAUAUAAACUUAUCACAGGCGUCGAAACCUCUGAGCAGGUUAAUGGAGGAAAAGGGGGCGUGUUAACCUACAUGGGGUUUGCGAGUCUGGAUGAUGAUCUUGGGGUUAGGCUUUUUGGGCGGUGGAGGACGAGAGGGGAGUUUGAGUCGUUUAUUAGGAGAGGGGAUGUUGGUAGGUUUUGGGAGGAGAAUAAGGGGAAUGUUAGGAGUAUGGAGCAGAGGGGGUAUGUGCCUAAUGGGUAA